AUGUCCCUUUUCGUAAGGAGUCGCAGGGAGAGGGGUUCGAGGUGGAGUGACCCGGGCAGAGAUAAACCACCGCACCGUCACGCAUCCGAAGCAGAUUCAGAUGGUGCUCGGCACGGGAGAGACAAGGCGACCCACAGUGGCCUUACCAAGCGCGCCAACUCGCCUCACUCACCCGAGCAGCCGGCGGCGACGCACAGUGGCGGCCGAGCCAAGCGCGCGAAGGAGGACCUGCCGCACCCAUCAUCCAGGCAGCGCGCGGAGGAGGAACCACGGUACUCAUCGGAGCCGCCGCCACCGUCACGGCGAACCGCUCCGGAGCCUCGGCCUCCUCGUGGUCAGAACAGGGACGAGAAGUUCGUCUGGCCCUGGAUGGGCGUGCUCGUCAACGUGCCCACCGUGUGGAAGAGCGGGCGCCAGGUCGGGGAGAGUGGGAACCGGCUCAAGGAGCAGUUCUCGCGGUUCUGCCCGCAGAAGGUCAUCCCUCUGUGGAGCCACAGAGGCCACACGGGGACCGCCAUUGUUGAGUUUGGGAAAGACUACGCUUGCUUCGGCAAUGCGCUGAACUUCGAGAACAGCUUCGAGGCAGAAGGCUAUGGCAAGCGGGACUGGGAGGCGCGCAGCAGGUUUCGGGAUCCAGGCCAGGAGAUGUUUGGGUGGGUUGCAAGGGCUGAUGACCUGACAACUCCGGGGCCCAUCGGGCAACACCUGCGAGAGAAUGGUGAUCUCAAAACUGUUGCACAGCUUGAGGAUGAAGGGAGUCGCAAAACCGACAAACUGGUAGGCCAUCUGGCCAGCCAGAUUGAGGUUAAGAAUAAGCAUGCCCAACAACUUGAAUCCAAGUACAAUGAGACCACCUCCUCACUUGAAAAGAUUAUGGAAGAUAAGGAGCUCAUUGUCCAGAAAUACAAUCAGGAAAUCCAGAAGCUGCAGCAAAUUGCUCGCGGGCAUUCUCAGAAGAUCAUUGAUGAGAACCAAAAGCUCCGUUCAGAGCUUGAAUCCAAGAUGCAGGACCUGGACUUGAAAUCAAAGCAGCUUGAUGACCUUACUCUGCGUACCGACUAUGACAGAAGAAACCUUCGAGAAGAGAAGGAAAAGAACGAGCUUAAAGCAAAGUAUCUUAAGAUGGCAUCACACGAGCAACAGAGGGCUGAUGAUAAUGUUCUGAAGCUUGUGGAAAAACACAAGAGGGAGAAACAAGCUGCUCUAGAUGAGAUUAUCAAGCUAGAGCAGAAAUUGGAUGCCAAACAGAAGCUUGAGUUAGAAAUAAAACAGCUGCAGGGAAAAGUGGAAGUGAUGAAGCAUAUGCCAGGCGAGGAAGACGCUGAAUCAAAGAAGAAAAUAGAUGAUCUUAAUGAAGAGCUACAAGACAAGUUAGAUGAAAUGGAAUCAAUGGAAUCACUCCACAAGACGCUGCUUCUCAAGGAAAGGAUAAGCAAUGAUGAGUUGCAAGAUGCUCGGAAGAAGUUGAUCGAAGGCUUGAGGGAUAUUAUUACAAAUGCCCGAGCAAAUAUAGGCAUUAAAAGAAUGGGUGAUCUUGAUCUGAAGUCAUUUGCAAGUGCUUGCAAGCAUAAAAUGUCUAAAGAAGAUGCAGAAGUUACCGCUUCAAUUCUUUGUUCCAAGUGGGAGAAUGAGAUCAAAAAUCCAGAAUGGUACCCUUUUAAGGUUAUCAUAGAUGACAGCGGGAAAGAGAAGGAAAUUCUUCGCGAGGACGACGAGAAGCUUCGAGAGCUGAAAGAGGAGUAUGGCGAAGAAGUCUGUGACCUGGUGACAAACGCCCUUGCUGAGCUUAACGAGUACAAUCCCAGUGGCCGCUAUUCUGUACCGGAGCUGUGGAACUUCAAGGAGAAGCGGAAGGCAACCCUGAAAGAGGUCAUCCAGUUCGUCAUGAGACAGUGGCGCGUGGCCAAGAGGAAGCGUUGAGAGCCUAGAGAUUUUGUCUAGGAUGUCCUACAUCAUCUGCUCUCCCCUGGACCAGAUUCCUGAUGCAGUAUUAAACUACACCUGCACUAGUGUUAUUUUGUCAUGAACAACUUAGAGCUGCUUGACUCUUGGUGUUGUCGGAGGAGUUUGGCCGGAUCAUUCAGCGUGGUGUAGCAUUGACACUAUUAACCUGCUGCCAAUUGGAGAUUGUGAUCUGCCCCUGCUAGGA